UCUGUCGCUGCGGUCGCACUUUCCGUGGCUGGAGCAAACCAGUCAAUCCGCCUUGGUCAAACUCCUUUCAGCAGCCUCAGUUUUCCAUCUGCCUCUAUCUCGGGUUUCCAGAAAAUUUCUCAUUGUAGGAUACCCUAUUUAGUCCAGGCGCGAGCUGGUAGAUAGGGUGGUAGAUUUAACCUAGGAGCAUAGCAGCUGGUCGUUUAUUUUUUUCGCUUGCCAGUUCGCGCAGCGCGGUUACAUUUGCUGGCUCGCUCGCGAUGGGUGUUCCGGCGUUCUACCGCUGGCUGGCGGACAAGUACCCGUUGAUCAUAGUGGAUGUGAUAGAAGAGGAGGAGCAGGUGAUCGACGGCGUGACGGUGCCCGUGAACACGGUGGAGGAGAACCCCAACGGCGAGUUCGACAACCUGUACCUCGACAUGAACGGCAUCAUCCACCCCUGCUUCCACCCCGAGGAUCGCCCGUCGCCCACAACCCUGCACGAGGUGUUUCAGAACAUCUUUGACUACAUCGACCGCCUCUUCGCCAUGAUCCGACCUCGCAAAGUGCUCUUCAUGGGCAUUGACGGUGUGGCCCCGCGAGCCAAGAUGAACCAGCAGCGCUCGAGACGAUUCCGAGCAGCCAAGGACGCAGCAGACGCCGCAGCAGAGGAGGAGCGGCUGAGAAAGGAGUUCGAGUUGGAGGGGCGGAUGGUGCCGCCCAAGGAGAAGUCGGAGACGCACGACUCCAACGUCAUCACCCCCGGAACGCCCUUCAUGCAGCAGCUGUCCGUCGCACUGCAGUACUACAUCCACCUGCGCAUCAACCAGGACCCCGCCUGGAAGAACGUCAAAGUCAUUCUCUCCGACGCCAACGUGCCCGGGGAGGGCGAGCACAAGAUCAUGAACUACAUUCGUCUGCAGAGGAACCUCCCGGGCUUUGACCCCAACACACGGCACUGCAUCUACGGUUUGGACGCGGAUCUGAUCAUGCUGGCGCUGGCAACUCACGAAGUACACUUCACCAUUCUCAGAGAGGUGGUGUUUCAGCCCGGGCAGGUGGACAAAUGUUUUCUGUGCGGGCAGACGGGGCACCUGGCAGCGGAGUGUGAGGGCAAGCCGAAGCGCAAAAGGGGCGAGCACGACGAGAAGGAGGGCGGCGUGACCAAGAAGCCGUUCCAGUUGCUGCAGUGCUGGGUGCUGCGCGAGUACCUGGAGCUCGAGUUCAGGGUGCCAGGGGUGCAGAUGGACCUGGAGAGGGUGCUUGACGAUUUCGUCUUCAUGUGCUUCUUCGUGGGCAACGACUUCCUGCCGCAUAUGCCCACGCUGGAGAUCCGAGAGGGCGCCAUCAACCUUUUGGUCUCCAUCUAUCGAAGGGAGUUUGCCAACCUUGGAGGGUACCUUACAGAGAAUGGCGAGGCGGACCUGCGGCGGGUGGAGCAUUUCAUUCAGGCGGUGGCGGUGCACGAGCAGUCCAUCUUCAUGAAGCGCGCGCGCAUCCACCAGAGGCAGAAGGAGAGGAGGGUGAGGGACCGGCAGCAGAAGGAGAGGAACCAGUACCGCAAGGGAGAUGAGGCAGCACCCAAUGUGCCCUCGUCUGCUCUUCAGCCGCUACCCGCCUCGCAGCAGCCCACGCAUCAUGGCGGGCUGUACAGCCGCAGCGACAUGAACAGCGCCAGCCGCAACUCCUUCGCCCUCCUCGCCACUCCUCUCGCCAACCCCUCGUCUGUGAACGGGGGACCAGCAGGCAGCAACCAGGCGGCUGCAGCUGCUCUGCGCGCCAAGCUGGCAGGCCAUGCCACGUCAUCGUCAUCGGCCGACCCGGCAGCGCCACCUGUAACGAAGAUGAUGCGUGUGGAUGGGGCUGCUGGCGCUGCUGCUGCUGCUGCUGCUGCUGCUGCUGCAGACGCAGGAGGGAGAGAGGCAGAGGAGGAGGCGGAGGAUCUGAAGGAGGAGUUGAAGUUCAAGCUGAAGUCGGUGCUCAAGGAUAAGAACGACCUCUUUGCGGGGGGCAAGGAGCCCGAUGACGAGAUCCGGCUGGGUGAUGACGGGUGGAGGGAGCGGUACUACCAGCAGAAGUUUGGUGUGAAGACGUACGAGGAGCAGGAGAGCAUUCGCCAAGAUGUGGUGCUCAAGUUCGUGGAGGGCCUGUGCUGGGUCAUGCGCUACUACUACCAGGGCGUGUGCUCCUGGAACUGGUACUACCCGUACCACUACGCGCCGUUUGCGUCAGACCUCGUGCGCCUGGACGAGUUGGAGAUCCACUUCUUCCUCGGCAAACCCUUCAAGCCCUUUGACCAGCUCAUGGGGGUCUUGCCUGCAGCUAGCUCCGGUGCCCUCCCAGUGGCGUACCGCAACCUCAUGUCCAACCCCUCGUCGCCCAUCGUUGACUUCUACCCCACCGACUUCAGUGUUGACAUGAACGGCAAGCGUUUUGCCUGGCAGGGAGUGGCUCUGCUGCCGUUCAUAGAUGAGGAGCGACUGCUCGAAGCCAUCAAGCAAGUGGAGCCCACCCUCACUGCGGAGGAGCGGCGGCGCAACAGCCAGCUGUGCGAGAUGAUGUACUUCUCCUCGGGGUACCCCCUGGCGGCGUCGGUGUGGGAGAUGAUGGGCAAGUGGGGGCAGCUGGACGCCAAGGCGCGCAUGCAGAAGAAGCAAGCCAUCGACCCCACCCUCAGUGGCGGCAUGAACGGCUAUCUGGUGCUGUGCGAUGGCCAGCCGUGCCCACCCAUGCUGCGUGCCCCCAUGUCGGGGUUCGAGACCAUCGUCAGCAACCAAGUCAUCUGUGUGGUCUACAAAAACCCGGACUUCCAUCGACACAUCUGCCGCCCGCCAGCUGGCGCUAUCUUCCCCCCCAAGUUGGUAUCAGAGCAGGACAUCAAGAGUGAGCCGCUGUGGCACGAGGACACGUGGGGAAGGCGACGGCCGCAGAUUCAGGAGAGGCGACCAGUGCAGAACGCCAUAGGAGGGCCCGUCUUGGGGGCGGCAGCCACUCGUCUGCUUCUCAAUUCUCUUGGCAACGCCGGGCGGCAGGGCGGGGCCGCAGCCGCCCAGCUGCGAGAGGCGCAGCAGCGGCUGACUCACACCGGCAGUGCUGGUCCUGUGCCCCUCCCUGUGCCGCUUGCGGGUGGCAUUCUACCCAUACAGUCACCCUACAGCCAGGCAUCCCCUUAUAGUCACAACCAGGGUGGGGGAUAUAGUCACCCCCAUGCAGGGGGGUAUGGUGGGGGGCAAUCAGCAGACCCUAGGGUUGCUGCUUAUGGGGGGAAGGCGGGAGCCUAUGGGCAACAGCAGCAGGGGUAUGGUUACGGGGGGGCACAGGGUGGUUACCAGCAGCAGCAACAGCAGCAAGGCGGGUACUUUCAGCAGCAGCAGGGGGGGUACCAGCAGCAACAGCCACAGCAGCAAGCGGGGUAUAAUCAGAAUGCAUGGGUGAGGCCGGGCGCAGGAGCAAGCGCGGAAGCCGCGGCAGGGUAUGGAGGAAGAGGAGGGUACGGGCAAACGGGAGGGUAUGGGAGAGGGGGAUACGGAGGAAGCCAACAGGGGUAUGGGGGGAGUCAGCAGCAGGGGUAUGCGGGGCAGGGGGGAAGGGGGUAUGCGCAACAAGGGGGAGGGUACGGGCAAGGCAGGGGAGGGCAGUACGGCCAAGGUAGGCGGUGACUUGGAAGUGAGAUUACACAUGGCAACUCCCCAAGAGAGGUGUGCAUGGCAAGAGUGGAGUGAAAUAUCAGUCUCUUUUUGUGUGUGUAAUUAUGCGGUGAGACGGAGAAGCUGGAUGGACCUCACCACAUGCCUUUCAUGCAAUUGUUGUACCAUACCAUACACAUCCGUUAGAGCACUCCUUCGGUUAUCUGUUUUCGUCCUAGCACUGAUGCUCUUACAUAACAUAGCAUCAAAAGUCGGUAAGCCCUGAAAUGGUGUUCAUUUUGUUCAGAAUGCAAGGUUGAUGUGAUAUGGCAACUACAUGUUGGAAAAUCGAGCUGGCUGUUUCACUAGUGAGGGGACCUGCGUUGGAUUGGUGGCGUUUGUGUCAAGUUAUACAUAUGCUGUAUGUAGAAGUUAUAGGCUAGCCUAGGUGUGUUUCUAGUGAAUACAACCCCAACAGGUAC